GGAUCAGAAUAGCCUCUAACUGUGACACAUGUGUGAUUUUCAGUGAAACUUCAUGGGAGAUGUAGUUUUUAACAGUGGUUAAAAUUCAUUAUCUAAUAUCGCAAAAAUAACAAAUGAACUAAGAUUUAAAGGCAUGUUUUGAAGCUUUAACUUUCCCACCAAUUAUGUUCCAUCAUAAGACAUAACACAUACUUUCACUGUCAUGUUCAAGAAACCUGUUGGAGAUUAUUUGAGCUUUGAUGGUGUAUUAUCCUGCUGGAGCAGCCAUCAGAACCUGGGUUAUCUGUGGUCAACAUGUCCAUCCCUUAACAUCACAUAUAAGCUGUUUAUCCCCCACACCCUUACAGCACCUCCACCAGCCUGAACCGUUGAUAUGAGGCAAGAUGGAUCCAUGCUAUCAGGCUGUUAACGCCAAAUUUUAACGUCCACCUGAAUGUUGUAGCAGAAAUAAAACUGCUCACCAAAGUUCAGACGGGUAACUAUAACUUGUCAUCUUAAACAAAAACAUUAAGUCAAAUGGGAACACAAAGGUCUGCGUGUAUGAACCGGUUUCACUUGUACCACAGUUUGCUCCAUACAGAUUUGUAGUGUUUAUGUAGCAUUUUUUUAAGUGCAUUUUAUUUGUCCUUAAAAUAGAAACAGAGGAAACUGUUUCCAGCUGAUUUUAACAGUACUUUGAAUGUGAGCCAUAUAUGGUAAAUGUUUUGGUCAGUGUUAUUAGUCCUCAAAUUGGAGCUGGAUUGCAGCAAACUUUUUUCUUUUUUAAUUAAAUCUAAUAUCAGCCAUGUGGACUGGUCUAAAAACUGUAAUAAUCAGGCUCAGAAGUGAUCUGAGCCCAGAGCUUUAUUACAGUUUUUGUGGAUAAUUUCUGUUUUCUUUUGAAUUAAAGGUUUAAGGACAUUAUGAGGACCUGACACAUGAUUCAGGCUUUUGGUUGAAUAUACGAAAAGUUCACCUGGUGUUUAUUUUGACCAAAAUGGAGGCGCUACAUGUGGAAACCUUUCUGCUGAAAACAUGUAAAAUUAAUACACUGAAACAAAACAGACACAGAAAUGUACCAAAAACAGAUGAUGCACACAAGUCUGAUUGUAACUACACCAGAUGAGGAAUUUUCUGGUUUCUCAUAACUGAAACGUGCCGAGAUCUAAAAUUAAAAAGCUCAGAGCAAUGACAAAUCAGUUCUAAAUAAAAUAAUUCCCUGGCAUUUAUUGACUGAGUACGGAAAACAAGUUGUCUAUCUGGACAGAAAUCAGAGGCUCAUAUGAUACAGAAAAUUGCUUAAAUCUGCUCCAUUCAGAGGGGGAAUCAGACAGAAAAACAAACUAUCAGGUGUGCGAAGGUGUGUUUUAGCCUCAGAUCUCUAUGCUUUAAUAAUGACAGGACUGCUGUUUAUAGACUAGUCAUUACACACAUACAUGGAACCAGCCAUUAGGACCCCAGCCGAGAGCUAUAUGAGGGACAGAAGCAGUGCUGACAGCUCUUUACUGAGAACUGCUGCAGGGAUGAGGUGGUGGCUGGUGGUGGCCAGUCUGUGGCUGCUGGUGGCCUUGACCAUCCCUGAUGCUGAGGCCAGAAACCGACCACGAAACCAGAAUGGUGAGAUUCUUAGAGUGAGGAGGAGGAGGAAGGAUGGACAAGGUUUUGGCCGGGCUAGAGCGGGGCGAACUAGACCUCUGAAGAUCAGACUGGUUCCUGGUCCCAGCAUCCCAGUGGUGCCUGUAGAAGGAAAUGCUCUUCUCCUACAACCCUAUAAGAACAUCCAAGAACAGCACGCCACCUACAACGUCAUCCCAGGUAAGCAGGGCCAGUGUGUGUACCAGGGUCUGACCAUGUUUGACCAGGCCGUCUGGUCCCCAAAGCCCUGUGUGACUUGUCUGUGUACCGGAGGGCGGGUGGUUUGUGAUGAGAGCACCUGUCCCGAAAUACACUGUCAUUUCCCCUUCACCCCUGCGGGCGAGUGCUGCCCUGUCUGCAUGGAGCCAGAACCUGACCUCAGCCUUGACAUUUCUGGUGACUCCCCAGUUCCCAAUGACCCCAGUGAUGUCGUGACUCCACUGACCCAAGAGGAGAUCCAGAAAAUCCUCUGGAGGGAGGCAGAGCAGCAUCGUGAGGAGGAAGAACGCGUGAAGAAGAAGGAGGAAGCGAGAAGAAAGAGAAGGAAGCAAAGGAAAGAGCAGGAGGAGAAACAGAGAAAGAUAGCUGAGGAGAUGAGAAAGCAGGAGGAGGAGGCACUGAGGCUGCAGGAAGAAAAGGAACUGGAGGAGUGGAGCAGGCAGGUAGAUGAGGAGCAAAAGAGGAGGCAGGAGGAAGAGGAAGAUAGGAGACAGAAGGAGGAAGCAGAGAGAGAAGCAAGAGAGAGGGAAAGGAAGCUAGAGGAGGAAAGGAAAAAGCAGGAGGAGAUGCUGAGGGAAGAACUUUUGGAUUUAGUUGAAAAGGAGAAAGAGCAGCACGAGGAAGAGAACGAGAGGCGCGAGAAAGAGAACGAGAGGUACGAGGAAGAGAUCGAGAGGUACGAGGAAGAGAACGAGAGGUACGAGGAAGAGAACGAGAGGCGCGAGGAAGAGAACGAGAGGCGCGAGAAAGAGAACGAGAGGUACGAGGAAGAGAUCGAGAGGCACGAGGAAGAGAUCGAGAGGUACGAGGAAGAGAUCGAGAGGCGCGAGGAAGAGAUCGAGAGGCGCGAGGAAGAGAUCGAGAGGCGCGAGGAAGAGAAAGAGAGGCAGAAAGAGAGGUACGAGGAAGAGAACGAGAGGCACGAGGAAGAGAACGAGAGGCGCGAGGAAGAAAAGGAGGAGCAGGAGGAGGAGGUGUGGCUGAGAGGAGAUGUGUUUCAAAUGCUUCCAAAAGAGCCUGAAGAACCUGAGGAACCAGACCUCCUUCCUGCUCCGAUUCCAAGACCUCCAGUUGCUACAGAGGAGGAACAGGUAGAAACCAAAGAGACGGAAGAAGGGGAGGAUAGGGAGAUCAUAGUUGUAAACAGAGGAGGCCUUCCUCCAGGCUGUGACAUCUCUGACGUUACUGCCACAUGUGAGGAUGCCAAACUCACACACUUCCCUCCUCUGGCCAUUCCUGAGCUGAAAUCCCUCAGUCUGGAGGGCAACAGCAUCAGCCGCAUCCCAGCAGAUGCCUUUAAUGGAAUUCCUAACCUGGAGUGGAUCAACCUGAAGAAAAACAAACUUACUUCUGCUGGCAUUGACGCUAAAGCCUUCAAAGGUCUGAAGAAGCUAACACGUCUGUAUUUGGAUGGAAACCUUUUAGACGUUGUGCCAUCUGACCUUCCCCCAACCCUGCAGGAGCUGAAGAUCAAUGAAAACAGACUGAGAGGGAUAGAUGAAAACAGCUUCCAGGAUUUGAGCAGCCUGGUUAUUCUGGAGCUGGAAGGAAAUCUGCUGAGUGAGGGGAAUGUAGACCCUCUGGCCUUCGCUCCCCUAAUCCAGCUUUCCUACCUCAGACUGGGGAGAAACCAUUUCCGUACUGUACCACAAGGCCUUCCCAAGUCAUUGCUGGAACUCUAUUUGGAGAACAACCUGAUUGAAGAAAUCUCAGAGACCGUUUUCAAUCAGACCAGCAAUCUGAACAUAGUCUCUUUAAGACACAACAAACUGGAGGAGACCAGGAUUGCUCCACUGGCAUGGAUCAACCACAGAAAUUUGGAGUCCAUUGACCUUUCAUAUAAUAAGCUUUACAUGGUUCCUUCAUAUCUACCAAGAUCUCUAGUUCACUUGGUGCUCUUGGGAAACAAUAUUGAGAGGAUACCUGGUUACGUUUUUGCCCACAUGCAACCUGGUUUAGAGUACCUCUACCUCUCCUACAACAAACUGGAUGGAGAAGGGACUGAACCAGAGUCGUUCUUUGGGGCCUACCACUCCCUGGUCGAACUGUGUUUGGACCACAACCAGCUGGUUGUUGUGCCAUCUGGCAUCAACGAAAUGACCAACUUACACUUCCUCAGACUCGACAAUAACAUGAUCAGGAGUAUUCCUGAUGAAGCCAUCUGUGACCCAAACCGCAGCGGGGACUCCACCUUGGUGGCUGUAAGAUUGGAAAACAACUACAUCGACCCACAAAAAAUCUCACCAAUGGCCUUUUCAUGUGUAAGAUCUGCAUCAAGUGUGGUCUUAAAACCCCAGAAAACCAAGUGAACACACAUAAACAAAAUAAAAAACUGAGAGACAGUGGACUUUAAUCUGCCAAAAGAAGUCAAAAUCUCCUUUCAUCAUUUUUUUCUGUUACUAAUAUCAUACAAAUAAUAUAAUACAAAUAAACCUAAAAAAUUACUAGAAAACGCAUUAGUCUGAUGUCAAAAUCUGACACACAUUCAAACAUGGUUACUGUUGUAUGGUAAGAUGCUAUUUGAACAUUUUCUACAACUUUAGACCAAACACAUGGUUUGGUAUCUGGUAAGCUGUCCUGCUCUGUCACUUGGCCUUAAACUGGUGUGAAAGUGACAGAACACAUCUGUCCACUCUCAGAAAAUCUUCUUCUACUUUUGGCUGGUCCCUCUAGAGGGUCGCCGCUGUGGAUCACUGUGUAAAAGGGAAGGAAUUCACAGUAAAAUGAAAAUCCUAAUAAAGAAAUGGAAAGAAUUCUAUGAAGUGCGACUGCAAGCACAGCGCAUUAUUUUUAACAACCUCAGCACCUUCAUGUUUCAUUUCUCAGCAGCAAUUCUUCCACUGCCUGUUUUCAUAAAAACCCUGACAUGGAAAGCUCACACGUGACACAUCCCCUAAGAUGAUUGUGUUAAAACCAAGUGCUGCUGGAGCCAAUUCCUCAAACAGAUCGAGAUGAGAUGUAAUGACAUGCCUGUUCCUCAACAUUUUAUCUUUAUCUUGCUUACGUGAAUGGACAGGGCAGUGACCUCCUCAAUUGUAGUUAAGUCUGAUUUAUGUUUGAUGCAAAAAUUAAGUGGGAGUCUUGCUAUUGCAUGUGUUAUGAUUUACAAUUCAGCAUCAUCAAGAUGAAUGCAUCAUAUGUGAUAUUGAGCUUUUGUUAUGGUAUAUCCUGCACAGCAACUGUUUCACUUCACUUUGUGGUUAAAAGAAUUCACAAUGAAUUCACAAUUCAUUACAAAGUUAUGACUGCAUCUGUAUCUGGGUUAACUUCUAUUUCUUCUUAUCCUGCUUUAUAUAGUAUGUGUCUUAACAUGGGUUUAUUUAAUCCCAGGUGGGAGCAGAGUAUGCUAAAGAACUUAUGGAGAUUAUGGCCAAACAUUUCUGACUUUAAUGCUGCUGCAUGAAAAUAUCUUAUUUUUCUUACUGUAAAUUUGUACUUCUGUGUUUUCUUUUAACUGAAUCUUCUUCUUUCCCAGACAGAAACACACAAGACUUUUAGAUAAUUUAAACUCUUUUACUGUGCAUCAGCUUUCAAGCUGUGCAAAUUGUAAUAUAAUGUAUUACCACUGUGUACAUGAAAGGCUCGUUCUACCCUAACGUUGCUUUGAAAAGCUCUCACUAGAGGUCCAAAACACUCCACAAUUUACUAUAGAUUUUUAAUUUUUUUCCCCACAAAUUUAAGAUAUAUUUGAAGAUUAUAUCCUUUCAUUUGCUCUUGGCUGGCCAACAUGCUUAAAUUAUAUGAAGUUGGUGAGUCAACUUUAUAUUUUACAGUUUAGCACAAUGUUAUGAUGCACGGAAAAAAUAAACUUUAAGUUACCAUUCCUGUCUGAGUGAAGUCUGCCUAAACCUAGUACCCUCACACACCCAAAUAAGUUAGAUUAUAUUGCACUGGAUCCCCUGAUCAUUUACACAGCCUGCCUGUCCAGGACAUUUAGGAGUAUAUUCAUGUUAUCAAAUUAACAGCUUGGGCUUCAGGGAAAAAGUGGAGCCAUGAUGACUUUUACAGAAUAAGAAAAAAAAAUGUAGUUAACCUUCCAUUACAUGUCUUUUAGCUAUAUGUAAUACAUAUUUACUGAAAGCUGCAAUUAACAGAGCUGAAAAGCCAACCAAUUCAUAAUAUUUUCCUCUACAAGCCUGAGGUUUAGGAUCAUUUACUUCAGUCACAGACAUCGAAAGGAUGAUUGAAACAGAAAAAAACCUAAACUGUGAGGAGCAUAAAACCUCAGCUUCUUUAAUGGUAAAAAACCUGAAAAUAUUAGAUAAUUAUAUGGGGACUAAAAUUAAUUUGAAUGAAUAAAAGCAA